AGAACAUUUGACCUGGCCUAUUUUUAACAUGUCUGUUAAAAUGAUAUAUGAGAAAGGUGUAUAUAUAUACAUUGCUCUUAUAGAAGUAUAUAUUCCACUAUUUUCUAUUGUGUUCUAACUCAAGAUGAAAGUAAUUGUUCUCGUUCUCGGCGCUAUCGUGAGUGGUACUCUCCUUCUUGCUGAAGAAAGCAUUUCAACUACUGCUCAACCCACUCAGAGUGUCAAUGCCUCUGGCACCACGCCUAAAAUAAAUACUACUGUUCCUGUAUAUGAAUGGAUAUAUGGAUAUAAUGCAGGUCAUCCCAACCCUGAUUAUUGCAAAGGCUUCAAGAUCGAGAGUCCUGUGCUUGAUCAUCUUGCUUUUGAAGCUAUUUCCAUUCAACAAAUCAAAUGGUCUGUGAAUCAAUCACAGCUUGUUCCUGGUAAAGAACCCAAUUCGAUCUAUCGUAUUCGUGUCUUGAGCUUUGCAAACUCUAAUGAACAAGUGAUUGCUGAAAAUAUCGCUAUCUAUCUUAAAGGCAAUUCUGGCUCAGUCCUUUUCCCUCUUCAGGUAGAAGACUAUUCGGGCUAUUACAAGUAUCGUGUCAUGGUCAACUAUGGUAAUGAAACUAUCCACUGUAUCUAUGAAUCUGUCCCUUUCCGUAUCAUUCAACAGCCUGAAAAGACAUUUGAUCUUACCCCUUAUUAUGUUCCUUAUCAAGGUGCUGUCUUUUCUCAAGACCCUCAAGCUGGAAUGACAUUUCAUGCAAGCCAAACUGUUGAAUAAAUAAAUACAAAGUUUAUUUUUUUUUUAAAAAAAAGUAUUGAAGUACUAUUGAAUAAAUCGUCUAUGCUUUUUUACGUG